AUUUUUAAUUUUCUGCUUGCGUAUCAUCAAAUGUCAAUACUAGAAGCAAAGUUUUCAAAACAUUGCCAAAAAAGUGAAACUACGAACUUAAAUGCUAUUAAAAACGAAAUAAACCACUAUUUUCUAUAUUUUUUUCGUUCCACGAAAUAGUUUGAGGUGAAUUGACAGUGUUUCGGUGGAAUUCUAAAUCUCCAAUCGGGAACAAUGUCCGAAUCGUACGAUUAUCUGUUCAAGUUUCUUAUUAUCGGUCGUGCUGGAAGUGGAAAAUCGUGUCUGCUGCAUCAUUUCAUCGAGAACAAAUUCAAAGAGGACAGUUCUCACACGAUCGGUGUUGAGUUCGGCUCACGCAUCGUAAACGUAGGAGGAAAAUCAAUCAAGCUACAGAUUUGGGACACAGCCGGCCAGGAGCGGUUCCGUUCAGUCACACGAUCCUACUACCGAGGUGCCGCAGGUGCUCUGCUGGUUUACGACACAACCUCCCGCGACAGUUUCAAUGUACUGACGAGCUGGUUGAACGAUGCUCGGAUGCUGGCUUCGCAAAAUAUCUGCAUUCUGUUGGUUGGCAACAAAAAAGACCUUGAGGAAGAACGAGAGGUGACCUUCCUGGAAGCGAGUAAUUUUGCUCAGGAAAAUGAGCUUAUCUUUUUGGAAACAAGUGCUAAGACGGGUGAAAAUGUAGAGGAAGCAUUUCUGAAAUGCUCGAAAACGAUUUUGGCAAAGAUCGAAACCGGAGAACUGGAUCCGGAACGGAUUGGAAGCGGUAUCCAGUAUGGUGACACAUCGAUGCGCGGCGGUGGCACGGGAACCGGUCUGGCUAGUGGAGGUCAGCAAACUAGCGGAAGACGCCGAACGGCGGACUGCAUCGGGAGCUGCCGUCCGUAGAGCUACCGGAUAAGAAGCAUUUAUUUGGUGCGCUGUUUCAACUUACCUACUUACGCGACAUUCUCUCUAUUGAACUAUCGAAAUUUGUAGAUUUGAGUGGGCUGUUCAUGUAGAGCAACUGGGAAAAACUUAUGACUGGGGUAAGUAGCUCACGUAUGUACCAAUAAAUUGAGACGUUUUUUUCGCCCUUCGUUAGUUUGCCGAUGCUCCCGAGGAGACUGUGACAGACAAGAAUUACAUUCUAUGAUUUGCCUUUUCCGUAUAUUAUAUACUUACAAGUUAAUUUACAAUGUGUACACUAAAAACAACCAAUUCCAUAUGAUUUGUGCAAUCAGAAGAAUUACCCUAAAUCUCGAAUUUGUGAUUCUGAUUUUCCGGACUAAGAAAUGAUCUACCGCUGCACUGAAAAAUUGGCUCGAUUAUGAAACCAUUUUAUUACUCUUGCCUUCCUAGUAUUAAUACUUAUCUCUGAACCACUGUCUUAUAUAUUCCUUAGAAGCAGCUCUUGAUUAGGUUAUAAAAAAGAGAACUAAAAAAAAGUGUUGUUUGUUUCAUGUAAAUUUAAAAACAAAUAUGUCUAUCGUAUGAAGAAAAAUUAAACUUGGAAUAAUAUCAACUGUUUAGUUAAACCACAA